AUGGCAGCCGAUGAUGAUGAAACCAACAACGAUGAUGCUCUGCUUCUCGAGCAGUGGAACAAGUACAAGCCAAACCAUACAUUCAACCUUGUCCUCAAUAAGGAGUCUAGCAAUCUAUUUGGGAAAGGAUUCCAAAAGUUUGGCUCGCCGUUGCCUUUUGUCGAUGGCCAUGCUCUAUUCACUGAGAGCCGCGAACUGGCCAAGCUACUUCGAAGCCACAUUGAUACAAUACUCCCGAACGAGGCAAUGAUUCCUUGCUGGGAGAUUGUGUUCGAAAAGGUCAUCUCUGAAGACGUUGUCAACACAUUUUCUACGGAGGUCACAGCCAGGCUUCGCCAAGCUGCUCUUCGUCUCGCAAGGACACCAGCAACCAUCUUUGGUGACCCCUUUGUCACGAUGAAUGGGGAUGCGUUUGUGAUGAAGCUGAACCCCUUUGGCGCCUCUGAGCCUUCCUUGGGAAUUCGAACGCAGCGCCAUGAUAUGGUCCUCUGGCUGGCAUCAUACAAUGUACUCGGCAACGCAUGGAGUCUUUAUAGUACACAGCCUCUCGUGGAAGCUCCUGAUCCAAGCCGGAGAGUCAUGAAGGUUACUUCUGGGAACCAAACGUUCUUUGUGACACAGAAAGCCAAAGACUCAAUGAUGGAAGCUCUUGAAAGCAACAGCAAUAAACCAACAAUGUUUUUCAGAGCCAAGGACACCAUCAGAGCUGUGGCCGACACUCUUGAAGUGGAUAUGCUGGAGUAUUCCAUGCCCCAAACAUCAGAGCAGCUUCAGGCAUUCAACUGGGACUUGGUCACUCCUGGAGAGUGGGGCACAUACCCCCAGGGAAUUGACCCGAUUCAAGAUGAUUUCGAUAAGGUGAGAGCAGUGCAUCAGGCUUCGAAAGCUGACAAGGAUGCAAAGGCUAGAUCACAAGGUCAGGCCAGCAGUAAUGUCCAAUCAUACUGCACAUAUUGCCAGAGGUGGAGAUUGUGGAGGAAUAUGAUGGCUGUUUUUCGUGCAAUGAAUCAACAGCCGAACUAUCCUUGUUGA